CUCACAUGUCUUUCAGAGCUACAGCAGCUUGUGGGAAAGAUCAGUUUGGUUAAAUGAAGCGCUGAACUGACAGUCCAAGAAGGAUGGGGGUCAGCUAUCAUGUGGGCACAAGCUGAGAGAGCGCGGAGGCUGCCGCAACAAGACGAUGGCGAAGGUCAACAAGGUGUUCAGGAUUAAUAACAUUACCAUAAGGCAGAUGCUGGCGGAAGCACUAUCAACAUUCAUCCUCAUGGAUUUUGGCUUGUCCUGUGUGGCACAAGUGGUACUGGGAAAAGGAAACGUUGGUCAGUAUCUGAGCAUCAACAUAGCAUUUGGCAUUGGCGUUACCUUGGGUAUCUAUGCGGCUGGAAAAAUAUCUGGAGCUCACAUGAAUGCUGCCAUCACAAUCACACAGUGUGUUAUAGGAAACAUCUCUCCGAAAACAGCUGUAGCUUAUGUGUUCGGCCAGUUCCUGGGCUCCUUUUUGGCAGCAGCCACCGUCUUUGUUCUCUACUACGAUGCUCUUUAUGACUACACCAAUGGGAGCUUUACAGUGACAGGACCAACUGCCACAGCAAUGAUCUUCGCUACGUACCCUGCUUCCAAUGUGUCCUUGCAGGGAGCCUUUUUCUCAGAGUUUACAGCAACAGUUAUGCUGAUGCUGGGUAUUCUAGUAAUCCAUGAUGACAAAAACAACGCAGCUGUCAAAGGCGCUCAGCCCAUGCUCACGGGUAUCCUGGUCGUGGGCAUUGGUCUGGGAAUGGGGCUGAACACAGGCUAUGCCAUAAACCCCUCCAGGGACCUGCCCCCACGGAUCUUCACGGCAAUUGCUGGCUGGGGAAUGGAAGUCUUCUCGGCUGAUCAUUGCUGGUGGUGGGUCCCAGUCACAGCUCCAACUCUUGGAAGUCUUUUUGGUGUUCUACUCUACAAACUCUGCAUUGAAUUUCACAUCCCGCCUGAAGCUGAACCUGAGAAAGAUGAGGCAGGCACGGAGACUUCCCAACUGUGA